GGUUUGACGAUCAGAUACCCACCGGAGUGUGGGGUUAUGUGAUGAGCUUGCGGGGAAGGGACUUCAUCCAAGCUGUGAUGGUCCUGGCGACUCAGUGGUCAGGUCUAUUUUUCCAGGUUGCAAACGGUGGCUGUUGGUUCAAGAUUACCGAACAGUGCCGCUUAGUAUUACACAGAGCUUCGAAAGCCCUUUUCAGCUCGCCAUAUCGAGCUGUGUUAGUACAUCGACGCUCACAUGCCCAUUCGUCACGCCCAGCCAAAGCCCAAGUUUACCACCGGCUCUUUACGAUCUCGUGAAGACGUCCAUUGUUGUGAUGAGCAUUCACAGUUUUUCCUCGAAUCAGGAACAUUGGUAGACGAGGCGUGCAGUGCUGCGGCAAUCCGGGAUAGCUGGU